AUGAGCCGCGAAUCCUUCGCCUUUUUAUGCAACGAAGUGACGUCCAUUGCAAAAGCCGAUACAACUUUUAGGAAAUGCACCCCUUUAGACAAGCGCGUCGCGAUUGCUUUAUAUGCGCUUGGUUCCUCAGCUGAAUACAGGACAAUCGGCCGGCUGUUUGGAGUAUCAAAAGGAAGCGUAUGUAAUAUUUUAAUAGACUUUAGUUCUGCGGUAUGGGACAAGCUCGCCCCUAAGUAUUUACCCAGCACAUUCCUUACGCAAGAAAAAAUUGAAGAGUGUGUUAAGGGAUUUGAGAAAAUUGGAUUUCCUCAAUGUCUCGGCGCUGUCGAUGGAUGCCACAUUGAAAUAAGACCAUCAGCCGCUGAUGCUGUAGACUAUCAUAAUUAUAAGGGUUGGUACUCAAUGGUUUUACUAGCCCUCGUUGACUACAGGUAUAGGUUUAUGUAUAUAAAUGUUGGAGCACCCGGCCUCUGCAGCGAUUCUCAAAUUUUCUAAAAAUCAUCAUUAAAAUUAAUUCUCCAAA